AUGAAGACGACAACGAAACCUAAUUCUGCUUAUUCUUCUUCAUCUUCUCAUGAGAGUCAGAGAGCUACAAGCUUAAUGAAAAGACAAAUGACUGUCUUUAAGAAAGCUCGUGAGCUUUUUGUGCUCUGUGCAAUCGAAGUUUGCAUGAUCUGUUAUGGAGCCGAUGGAGAGCUUAAGACAUAUCCAGGAGAGAAGGAGAAGAAACUGGUUAGACCAAGACGUGUAUCAAAGUUUCCAGUUUGGGACCCUAGGAUUUAUAAUUACUCGGGUGAGCAAGUCACGGGACUGGUUCAGUCCUUGGAACGUAACCUAACCAGAUUACAAGAUAGGUUUCACGCUCUUGUUGAAGUUGAGGAACAGAGGAAGAUACAACAGUACUUUAAUCCUCAAGGAGGACCGAGUAGUAGUACUACUACGUUCGAUCAAUAUCUUCCACAACAACAACAACCAAACCAGUUUUCCAUGUUUCUGUUCAACCAUGAGAAUGGGAAUGUCUGGCAAAUCCCAUUAGAUUUGAUGAACAAAGGGAAAUCUCUGCUGGUUCUGAUUCCGCCGGAACUACUGAUGAUUCACCUAAAUCCAGAUGUGGGAAACUACUCGAGGUCACUUGGAGCUUUUGGUCCUCCUCUUUAUGAUCUCUCACAACCUCUCUUUUCUUGA